UUAAGUGCUCCGACACCGCAAACCGUAGUCGUCUCAUCAGUUAGUACAACCACCCGACCGCUCAGCGACGACAAUCGCGCGCGUACCGUCGUCGAACACACACGCACGCACUCAAUCGCUCGGUCGAUUUACUCACCGCGAUCGCCGUAUUCGAUACCCGUCGACGCGACGGUCCGUCACGACGAUACGCGCGAGUGUUUAUAGAUGAACAUUUAUCAUAUAAGUGAUAUAAUAAUAGCCGAAGGAUUAUAUCAUAUCGCCGCUCGUCAUAAUUACAAUAUUAAACUAUAAGGAAAACGUCGACGACGCGUGUGCCACGGAGUAGUAUUCAAUAAUAAUAUUAUACAUUAUUACAGACCAACCCGUCGUGCCGGCAACACGUGCGAAUAAUAUAACCGAACAGCGCACGAAUACGGGUAUUGUCGGAAAAACGGAUUUUUCCGUUUGUUUGCGACGUCUCACGAAACGUUCCGGUUACCGUCACAUUCCGUCAUCAUCGGUUCCGCCGCGGAUAUCCGCGACCGUCACAUCGACCGCGGCAUGUCCGAGUCCCCGCGCAUCGACGUGACCGGCAACGACGACGACGACGAGUUGUGCUGCACCAACGACCGGAGCCCGGCCACGGGCGCCGCUAACGGACCGAUGACGGCGGCCGCCUGCAAGACGAUGAUGAUGGCGACGGCCGCGGCCGCGAUGACGACGGGCAACGGAGGCGGUGGUGGAGUUGGUGGCCGCGAAUCGCCGGCCGUCAAGUCGGCCGCACCGCCGUAUACGUCGUUUUCUAUUUCGAGCAUACUCAGCAAGGACAAGCCCGGCGGCGCCGCCGGCAAACAGCAUAGGAGCGUGGGUGCAGCAGUGUCGCCGGCCACAGCAGCGGCCGCGGCCGCUGCAGCGGCCACGUUCGAUGUCACCGCUCAUCUAGCGGCCGCAGCCGACCACGCCAUGUUAUCCAGACUGGGCUUAAUGAGCCACUUUGGAGCUCUAGCUGCAGCUGCUUCGGGCCGUAGUCCGUUCAUGCUGUAUCCGGGCGUGGGGAUCGCGGGCACCACGGCCAGCGCGCUCGACAAACACUGGUACUCCGCGUGGUCGCAACCCCUGUCGGCCGCCAUCAGCCCUACCGGCGGAUCGAGCUCGGCGAACGAAGAGAACAGCCGACCCAGCACGCCACACAGCGUGGGCGUCAACACCGGCGGCACGUCGUCGCUGGCCGGCCACAGUCCGGAUGGAUGGUCGACCGGCGAGGACGGCGGCGGUGGCCGCGGACCCGGGUCGCCGAACCACCAGCGAAGGUUCGUUGGCAACUGCGGCGGCGGCAGCCGUUACAUGGAUCAGUCGGUGAACGCGGCCGUGUCCAUGGACGACGAUGACGACAUGGCGGACGACGGUCCUGACGACGAUGACGCCGGUAAAAAGGACCAUGGAGGGUGCGGGGGUGGUGGUGGCGGUGGCGGUGGAAGUGGCGGGGCGGGCGGUAAGCGGAAGAAGAAGACCCGUACAGUGUUUUCCCGGAGCCAAGUGUUCCAGCUCGAGUCCACGUUCGACAUAAAGCGGUACCUGUCCAGCUCGGAAAGAGCCGGGCUGGCCGCGUCCCUGCACCUAACCGAGACGCAGGUGAAGAUCUGGUUCCAGAACAGGCGGAACAAAUGGAAGCGCCAGGUGGCGGCCGAGAUCGAGGCAGCCAACAUGGCCCACGCGGCCCAGCGACUAGUGCGAGUACCCAUCUUGUACCACGAGUCUAACCAGCAGUCGACCGCCGGCCACCACCACCAUCACCACCAUCACGGCGGUAUAGCCACGUCGGUGGCAACGGUCGGCGGCGGCGGCGGCGGUGGUGGCGGAGGAGGCGGUGGUGGGGGCGGCGGUGGCAGCCGUGCACCGACGCCGCCGCACACGUCCGCGUCCACGCAGGCGUCCGCUUACCAGCCUCAGCAGCAGCCACCGCCUCCGCCGCCGCCGUCGCUGUUCUAUCACCAUCAGCCGCCGCCGCAGCACCACCACGCCGUCAGCACGUCCACCAUCACGCACACCAUGUCCACCAGCCCCAACGCGGUGUCCAGGGCGCCACUCACCGGACUCGUCUAAUAAUAAUAAUAAUAAUAAUAUUAUUAUUAUUAUUACGUUAUCGCUGCAAUACGCGUGACUCGCCGCCUCUCCACUUAUUAUUAUCAUUAUUAUUAUUAUUAUUAUUACUACCUAUUAUUAUUCAACUCGCUCUCAGCCGUCUCCCGCGUGUUCACCUACCACCUUUUAAUAAUAAUUUAACGUCGUAUUCGUUGUGGAUUGUCUACCAGUGGGUGCGUGUGGGUGCCCCGGAUGUCCCCACCAACCAAUCUGCAUUAUUUAAAGGCGCCGCAUUACUUGCAUUUUAUAACCCGAGCGACGCGUCCGCGAGGAGAACAAUCUCGAAUGCAUAGUACCCACGUCUUUCGUACAUUUAUAAUCAUUUCUAAUACGUGAACCAUCGCCAACUGUUUAGAAAGUGCCUUUCAAAUCCGUACGUUUAUCGAUUUUGAUUUCAUCAGGAUUUAAUAAUUGAAAUGCGCCGCAUAAAAGGACGAAGUCGCUAGUCCGAUCGUCUUAAAAUAGCGUGCGAAAACAACAGAUUACCACAAAAAACGGACAUUUCCACGCGGAGCUUUUUGUCUGCUCUCCUAAAAAAAGUCGACUUAUCCUCCGGUAGUCUCUCUGCGCAGUUACAGCGAUUCUCGUACACUUUGAGUUCAGAUCAGUUAUUAUCUCAAUUUAAUACGAUUUUCGUUCAUAUUAUUGUAAUUCACGAUAUUAUUGUACUGCGAUGUGUGGAGGAGGAGUCGACUGCUGUACUCGUAGGACCGCCUCGAUAUGUAAUAUUAGUCGCGACGCAAUAAUAAUAAUAAUUUAUUGUUGAUCGUCAAUAUUAAUAUUACGGUGACGAUAAUUAGUCGUUUGAACAAAAAAAAAAAAACGUUU